GCGCUGAGCGAGGCCGCUUAGGGACGAGUGCGGAGCGAUGGCGCGCACGAAGCAGACGGCGCGUAAGUCGACGGGCGGGAAGGCGCCCCGCAAGCAGCUGGCCACCAAGGCGGCCCGCAAGAGCGCGCCGGCCACGGGCGGCGUGAAGAAGCCGCACCGGUACCGGCCCGGCACGGUGGCGCUGCGCGAGAUCCGGCGCUACCAGAAGUCGACGGAGCUGCUCAUCCGCAAGCUGCCCUUCCAGCGGCUGGUGCGCGAGAUCGCGCAGGACUUCAAGACCGACCUGCGCUUCCAGAGCUCGGCCGUCAUGGCGCUGCAGGAGGCGAGCGAGGCCUACCUGGUCGGGCUCUUCGAGGACACCAACCUCUGCGCCAUCCACGCCAAGCGCGUCACCAUCAUGCCCAAGGACAUCCAGCUGGCCCGGCGCAUCCGCGGCGAGCGCGCCUGAGCCUCCUCCCGCAGCCCUUCCCGGCUCCCGGCAGGCACCCAGGGCAGCCCACACAGACCCAAAGGCUCUUUUAAGAGCCA